AUGUCAUCUGGAUUCGAUACAGCGCUGAAUAUCGGAGGUAGCUCACAGGAAUCGCAAGGCUUCAGCUUGCGAAUGUUUAGCAAGCCUACGAUAGUCCUUGCGCAUGUAGCUUUCAAGGGGGCAGCAUUAGCUUAUUACUUCCUCGCCAACUGGCUGUCGUCCUCUUUCAUCGUGCAGUUUCUAAUUAUUUUGACUUUGCUUUCUAUGGAUUUUUGGACAGUAAAAAAUAUCACUGGAAGACUACUCGUUGGUCUGCGAUGGUGGAAUUUCGUCGAUGAAAAUGGAAACAACCACUGGAAAUUUGAGAGCGCUAAGGACCUAUCUCGGUUCCCUGUUUUGGAUCGACGUGCUUUCUGGAUUGGUUUGGUAUUAGGUCCCCUUAUGUGGAUGUUCUUUGUUAGCAUGGCAUUCUUUACAUUCAAGGUGCAUCAUACUUUCACA